AAUCCGGUUCCGGUGCUGUUUCCUCCGGCGGCGGAGAGUCCAACGCGUCUGGCGGGGAGCGCAGACGGCGUGGCCUCCACCGAACUUACUGGAAAGAUGAAACCUGAUGAAACUCCUAUGUUUGACCCAAGUCUACUCAAAGAAGUGGACUGGAGUCAGAAUACAGCUACAUUUUCUCCAGCCAUUUCCCCAACACAUCCUGGAGAAGGCCUGGUUUUGAGGCCUCUUUGUACUGCUGACUUAAAUAGAGGUUUUUUUAAAGUCCUGGGUCAGCUGACCGAGACUGGAGUUGUCAACCCUGAACAAUUUAUGAAAUCUUUUGAGCAUAUGAAGAAAUCUGGGGAUUAUUAUGUUACAGUUGUAGAAGAUGUGACUCUAGGACAGAUUGUUGCUACAGCAACUCUGAUUGUAGAACAUAAAUUCAUCCAUUCCUGUGCUAAGAGAGUUCCAUUUUUAUUAAUAAAUGCUGUCUUUUUACUCUCCCCCCUUUUAAAUUCCAGGUUAUUAUCAACCCUUACUUUGCUAAGCAAGAAACUGAACUGUUAUAAGAUUACCCUUGAAUGUCUACCACAAAAUGUUGGUUUCUAUAAAAAGUUUGGAUAUACGGUAUCUGAAGAAAAUUACAUGUGUCGGAGGUUUCUAAAGUAAAAAUAUUUUAAGACAGUUGUCAAAGGAGAUAAUACUACAUAUUCUUUCUAGAGUUAAAAUAUUUUGCUGCAACCCAGAGACCUCCAUAAAUGACUGAAAGAAAACAUUGUAAUACUACAAGUAUGACAUUUAGAAGAUUACUUUGGGGUGGUGGAAUAUGCUGUGAAUUUAGAUUACAAAUGAAUAUUAUAAAGGGGAUGAUUUUUAACCAAAGGAAUAUAUUUUUAACUUGAAUCUUUUCUUGCAUUGUAUUUUUGUAACGUUUGGCUUCAUUUCCUGGUGUCAAGAGUAUGGGUAGUAAGGAGUUAUAUGUCUGCUAUCUGUUCUGCUCAUUUUUAAAAAAAGUAUACAUUGAAUAAGGCUGUUUCUUAUCACAUUUAUAAAAUUAAAUAUUUUUGUUUCAAAGAAACAGCUAAAUACACUUAAAGGUGUAUCAUUUCCCACAUAUUAAUUAUGUAAAGUUGGAUACAUUAGUUAUAAAUUAUAACUAAAUAUAGUACAGUCUAACAUUUCCUGUUCCUAAUACUGGCAAACAACCUGACGGCCUUUUAAAGAAGCAGAGGAAAUGAAAAUUAACUUAUAAAAUGUGACAGGAUUCAAAGUAAAACAAUUUAGAGGUUUUAGUUCUGUGUAUACGAAGUCACCUGUCUUAUCUUUAAAAUAUAAUCACUCAUUUGUUAGAAACACCUAAGAGCAAGUAAGAUGGGACAUCUAAAGUACUACUUAACAGUGAAUUAGAAAAUCUUGGCAUAUUUUUUACCCCAAUUUCUCUUUUCAUGGGUAUCUGAAGGCUCUCUUGUAAUAUUUUUAUUUUUAAAAAAUGGAAUAUUACAAAAUUGAGGACUAUUUGAAAAUGUAUCUUACUGCAUUUGUCACAUUCUUACUAUGUUAAUAGAAGCUUUUCUACUCAAUGUGAUUGUAAUGGUACUAUUAUUCUAGUCACUGUCCUGGUUUUGCAUUUAUUUAUUUUAAUUAUUUUUUAAAGUUGAAAUAAGAAUUGGAUACUUUACUAAUGGUUCUAAUUUUCUGCAUUCCACAUUACAUUAAACCUGUUCAUAUGAUGAAUAGUCUUCUGUUAGAAUCAUGUCUGUACUUAUUCUUGAGUCUUUUGUGUAUUCUUUGUAAAAUGAAGUUGGAAAGUAAAGACUACCUAUUUCUCA